AACAUGUCGGCGUUCAAGAGAAAACGUGGACAGGCUCGUGCUGAUAAAAAGGCAAAGAAAGUCAAAUUUGUUGCAGAUGGAGGUGAAGCACCGGAUGAAAGCGAACAGGAGAAGAAAAAUGAAGUCACAAUUCCUGCACCGGUAUCGUUGGGGAAAUGGACCAACAAGGAAAGGGUUCUCAUUUUCUCCUCAAGAGGCAUUAACUUCAGAACAAGACACUUGAUGCAGGACCUGAGGACCAUGAUGCCUCAUUCAAAAGCAGAUACAAAAAUGGACAGAAAGGACAAGUUGUUUGUUAUUAAUGAGGUGUGUGAAAUGAAAAACUGCAACAAAUGCCUCUUUUUUGAGGCCAAGAAGAAGCAGGACCUCUAUAUGUGGAUCUCAAACAGCCCUCAUGGACCUUCUGCAAAGUUUCUGGUUCAAAACAUUCACACACUGGCUGAACUCAAGAUGACAGGAAACUGCCUCAAAGGAUCCCGGCCAUUGCUCUCGUUCGAUCCUAAAUUUGACAGUGAGCCCCACUUUGCUUUAUUGAAGGAGCUCUUCACCCAGACAUUUUCCACUCCACGCUACCAUCCAAAGAGUCAGCCUUUUGUCGACCACGUCUUUACAUUCACCAUUGCAGACAACAGGAUAUGGUUUAGAAACUACCAGAUCAUGGAGGAGGAUGCCUCUCUAGUGGAGAUUGGUCCUCGCUUUGUUCUCAAUCUCAUCAAGAUUUUUCAGGGGAGCUUUGGAGGGCCUACGCUGUAUGAAAACCCAGACUUCCAAUCUCCUAACAUGCACCGGAGAGAGAUCAGACUGGCGGCAGCUGCCAGAGUGCGGGAGAAGCAGAUGGUGAAAGAGAUGCAGAAAAUGAAGAGGACUGAAGCAAAGGAGGAUUUGGCCAGAGACGUUACAGCUGACGUCUUCGUAACACCAGCUGAGGAGAAGCCUGUUCACAUCCAAACAGAAGCACCUGAGCCCAAAAUGGUGAAGAAAAACAAACACAAAGCUUUCAAAAGACAAAGGAUGGCACUAAGGUAACUGGAUGGACUGGGUUAAGCUGAGUGAACGGCUUACUGCCGCCAUUAGUCAGUUAUUGUCUCCAGAAAAUGUGGUAAUGCAACAGUGCAGUCAGGUCUUAAGUCCAGUAUUACGACCUUUUGUUCAGUUACAAAAAUACUGUAUGUGCAACACGUCAGUCAUUGAAUUAUCACAUAUUUGACAGUAUGAGAGAAAAUCUGCACACAUUAUGUUCAUGUCUGAUGGCAUCAUUUGUGGAUUUUGCUCCCUCCUUGAGGACUGCCGAUUAGAGCUGGCCAUAAAGUCUCUGCUUUUACAAUACUGGCCCAUCCUUUUGAUAAAACUAAAUAUUCCAUAAGUGUAAAAAAAACUAGUUUAUUGCUUUUGAGUGACAACAGUUGUUUUCUAUGUCAUGGAAAUAAAAUGAUUCAAAUGUACUGUUUGUAUUAUAUGAGCUAUACUCCAAACAAAUGCUUGUCAAUAUAUGUGAACAACAAUGUAAGGCCUGAGACUAGAUGUACUGUCCACACACUACACAUGACAACAUGAAUGUAUAUUUUGCAGGAGAUUCCUAGAAAGCAAUGUAUGGUGUGACACAAAAGCCAACUCUUGCAAUUAUAACUUACGACCCACUAGAAGUGUGUUUGGUGGGGUAUUUAUGCCCUCUGCCUGUAUUUACAUUUUGCUGUGGUCAGGAUGUUCCAGGGCUGCAACCUUUGAGCGGUGGGUGUGUAGCCGCCAGCCAAUAAUAGUGCGCAGGCGAGGUUGGGACUUUUUAAGGUCUUGACCAGGUUUGAUCUGCGUCAUCUCUGUCUGAUGCUCAGUUAAAUUCUUUCUGGACACAAAAACAAUUCGCUGAUGUUGCUGUUGGCUUGCUGACUGCUGGCUAGACUCAACAGAUUAUCAUGACAUGUACUUAUAGUAUACUACUAUGCCUGUUGUUGAGCUAGACUGAAGAUGGCGAAACUCACUGGCUAAUUAGAGCCAGUAAUCAAACCAUCAGCAUUAACCCACAAUAUGUGAUACUGAGGAUGUGAGGAUGUGGCAACUGCAAUCAGGGUCAGGUUUGAAUGUUGUGUUUAAAGACAGUAACUGACAAGUCCUGCAUACUAUACCUUUAAGAAAAAUAUAUCAGUGUAUCAUGCCUUAAAUGGUGUAUUUUAUUGCCGGUUAGCCAGCUCAUUAUAUGAGGGCGGAUACCAGAACAUGAGAUCAAAUACUGAACGCAGACAGAUCAUGGCUGCAACUGUAGACUCGUGAAGGUACAGAUGAUGUUUGCAUGUCGGGGGACUCGAAAUACCUGAGUCUCCCUAUUAACAAAUGGUGCAAGUCCAACUACACAUUUAACAAGACCAGGUAAGUGACAACCUUUCCACAAAUCCAGUAACAAUGCUCCACUCAAAUGUGACUGUUUGGCAAAUGAUGACCCAGUUGAUUUUGUGACAGUGCAACCUUUCCCACUGUGUCCAUUAUUCCCAUUAAGUCCAGCAUUUUUUCCUGUGUGCAUCCCACUGGCUGCACUGCCUCCUCUGGCAGACUCUGGCUUCUCAUUCAAAGGGAAUGGCCACCACUAAAGUUCAGGUGCCUAUUUAGAGGGGUAUUCAGUGGACUGUAAUCACUCCUCUUCCACCUCCUCAUCAGGACAACAAUAAUAUUCCACAAAGCAGAUCUGUCCAUCGUCAUUUCUAACAAGGUACUGCAGAGAGAGGAAGCCCCUGCUGUCCAUUCUCACAGAAACUUUACAGGACAAAGCCAGGGCUUUGGUGGACGGCUUCAGCAGGGACAUCUUGUACCUGUCAGUUAACAGAGAGAGAAUGUGGAGCUUCAGUAAAACAAGACAGCAGAUAUAGAGCCAUUUCUCAGUGUGUGGUACUGCAGGGGG